GGAAGGAUAUCCCAAUGCAUUUGGUGUAUGCUACUAUUCCUUGCGGGGACUUCUACUCCUUGGAUCACUUUGGCACCCAGCUGCCCAACCGUGCAUUAAAUGCAUCCACUUUUUUGUUGUUGUUCAAGAGUCGGGAAUUUAAGUGGUGGAUCCUGAUUGAAUUUCUCUCGAAUGGAUCCGAAAGGGCUCCUACUAGUUGCUUUCUGCCUCCUGCACGUAGCCAUCGCUGCAAGUGUUGCUGUAACACAGAACCCAGAGGAUUCUGCUCUUGCACUUUUGGAAGUGAAUAAUCCGUUCUACCCACAUAAAGGGCGCCAAUGCAGGAAAUGUCUUCCAGGUUUUCGAGUCAAAGACCACUGUACUCCAGGUGUUGAAACAACUUGCCAUCCUUGUGAUAAUGAUACGUUUUCCAAACACUUGAAUGCGCUGAAAGCUUGCUUCCCUUGUAAAACCUGCAGACAGUUCGAUGAGGUGGAGCUACAACCCUGCACCACAACCAGCGACACACUGUGCGCCUGUAAGAAUGGCACCUUCUGCUUGCCGCACCAUCCAUGUGAAACGUGCCAUAAAUGUAGACUCAGGUGUCCUGAAGGACAGCAGAUGGUGAAGCCUUGUACCUCGACAAGUGAUAUAGAGUGUGAUCCUUAUGUACCCUCACCAACUCCUCCAACAGAAACAGAAGGUUUCAGUCGCUCCAUUAUUGGGAUCAUUGUGGGCUGUUCUCUGGCUGGGUUUCUGGUGCUGCUGGCAGUAACAUAUCGGAAGAAAUUCAGGUGCUGUACUAGAGCCAACUCGAGAGGAUCUACAGCCGGCAUGUGGCGCUUCCUUCCUUCUUUAAAGGAUAUUCAGUGUCUCCAGAGGAAUUGCGGUGGAAGACGAGGUGAAGAGGCAGACAACAUGUGGAACACGCAGGUUGACCAGGAAUCCCCGCUGUCUUCAGAAAGUUCUACCCAUCGCACCUCAAAUAUGUCUGAAAUGAUGCUUCUACCAACAACUACCACACCAGAGGAGGAAUCCCAAAGAUGUGCAACAGAAAGGAGGAGAGAUCUACUUCCUGCAGAUGGAAAAGACCCUGUGGAUGCUUUGCGUUCGUCUUUUGACAUCUUCAUUAAAGAGGUACCCGUGAAGGAAUGGUGGAGAUACAUGAGAGCCCUCGGCUUGACAGACAAUGAGAUUACUCGUGCCGAGCGAAAUCAUAAGGAUUUGGAGGAGCAGCAGUUUCAGAUGCUACGGACCUGGCUGGACAAAAGCGGGAAGGAGGCAUCUGUGAACACUUUGCUGAAGACUCUGCGUAAUAAUGAGCUCAAAGGUGUCGAGGAGAAAAUGAGAGCCUGCCUGAUCUUCCAUGGUCUGUAUUAUGAGGAAUGAAUUCUUCUAUAGGCAGGCUGGACAGCAAACUUGCUGCAAAGACACUUUAUACUGUGAUGUUCAUUAGCCCUGGGUUUUUCCAGGGAGGCAAGAGUGGGAAGCGUCAAUAUAUUAUCUUCCAAAGAAACAUGCUAUUUCAAUUUUUAAAGGGAUCAAGUUGAGGCUGUGAUUAUUUUCUUAGUGAAGCGUUCUGGAGAUGUACAUGGGGCCUUCUCAGUGACUCCCCAUUCCCCCUGCUGGAAGAAACACUGCUUAGUGCAUAGGUGCAUAGGAAUUGCAAGGGAAGAAAAAUUGUUUUGGCAAGUGUUCGCACUGCCCAGAUAUUGAUUGGAUCCAGACACUUGCUAGACAACAGCCCUGGUGUGCAGGCAAUUUAAAUGGCUGACACUUUUCUAAGCGUCUUCUUCAAGCUGUUUACUUGGAAGUAAAUCCUGCUGAACUGAGCCUUUUCAGUGAACACUGCUACCAAUCUCAUUUUUAAAAAAUACUUUUUGGUACCCUAAUGCGAUUUGCAUUCCAUACUUGGCUACACAGUGUUGCUUUUCAGGCUGCUACAUCCCUUUUCCAACAAAGAGUUUGGUUCCGUUUUUUGUUCUUAGUUGUGUAAAAUAGUUUGCUUUCAGGGAAUGUAAAUUAUUUGCCUUGAAGUCCUCUUGCUAUAUAUAUAUGUCGAGAAGGUGUCUUCAAAAGUAAGUUCACUUCCUUUGUUUAACGUUGGGCUGGCGUUUGCUGUCCUGCUAGUAGGGCUAUUGGGGUUUUCCUGAAGAAACAGCAAUUGGAAAGUUUACAAAAAUAUGUUCUUGUUUAUUUUACGAAAAGAUUAACUACCGUAUACACUCAUGUAUAAGUCGACCUCAUGUAUAAGUCGAGGGCAGUUUUUGGAUCCAAAAUCAUGGAUUUUGAUAUGACCCGUGGAUAAGUCGAGGGGCAAACACUGGAGGAUGUUACAAAAGAUC